AUGCUGCCCAAGAUGCCGUCAGGCCGGUGGAUCUCGGCUUCCCUGCUGGUCAUUCUCCUGAGCCUGCACCCCAUCGCCGACGCCUUCUACCUCCCGGGCACCUUCAUGCACACCUACGAAGCCGGUGAAACGAUCGCGGCCAAGGUCAACUCGCUCACGUCCAUCGAGACCGAGCUGCCCUUCAGCUACUACAGCCUCCCCUACUGCAAGCCCCAGGAAGGUGUCAAGAAGAGCGCCGAGAACCUCGGCGAGGUCCUCAUGGGUGACCAGAUCGACAACUCGCCGUACCACUUCCACGUCAACGUCAACGAGUCGCUGUACCUUUGCACCACCGACCCGCUCACCAAGGAGCAGGCCGAGCUGUUGAAGAACCGGGCGCGGAAUCUGUACCAGGUCAACAUGAUCCUCGACAACCUGCCGGUCAUGAGGUUCACCGAGCAGAAUGGGAUGACGAUCCAGUGGACUGGGUACCCGGUCGGGUACAACCCCAUGGGGAGCAGCGAGGAUUAUAUCAUUAACCAUCUCAAGUUCAGGGUUUUGGUUCAUCCGUACCAGGCGCAAGGUGAUGUUGUGGUCACGAGUGAGGAUGGUGUUGCUAUGGUUGAGUCUGACCGCAAGAGCGGCUUCCAGAUCGUUGGUUUUGAGGUUGUUCCUUGCAGUGUCAAGCGUGAUCCUGCAGCCAUGGCCAAGCUCAAGAUGUAUGAGAAGGUUGAGUCUGUGAACUGCCCGUUGGAGCUCGAGAAAUCUCAGGUGAUCCAUGAGAAGGAGCAGAUUACAUUUACCUAUGAGGUUGAGUAUGUCAAGAGCAACAUCAAGUGGCCGUCAAGGUGGGAUGCCUACUUGAAGAUGGAUGGUGCUAAGGUGCACUGGUUCUCAAUCAUGAACUCCAUGAUGGUUGUCUUCUUCUUGGCCGGUAUUGUGUUUGUCAUAUUCUUGAGGACUGUCCGAAGGGAUCUGACACGUUAUGAGGAGAUGGACAAAGAAGCCCAAGCUCAGAUGAAUGAGGAGCUUUCAGGAUGGAAGCUUGUUGUUGGUGAUGUCUUCAGGGAGCCCUGCUGCUCAAAGCUGCUGUGUGUUAUGGUCGCUGAUGGUAUCCAGAUCACCGGCAUGGCAGUCGUUACAAUCGUGUUUGCUGCUCUGGGUUUUCUCUCACCUGCUUCCAGGGGAAUGCUCUUGACCGGAAUGAUCAUCCUCUACCUCUUCCUUGGAAUUAUUGCUGGAUAUGUUGGUGUCCGUCUCUGGAGGACCAUCAAACAAUCCACAGAAGGGUGGAAAUCUGUCGCUUGGCUGACCUCCUGCUUCUUCCCUGGCAUUGUUUUCAUCAUCUUGACGGUGCUGAACUCCAUCCUGUGGGGUAAGAAGAGCACUGGAGCUUUACCCAUUUCACUCUUCUUCACCCUCUUGGCCCUGUGGUUCUGCAUCUCCGUGCCACUCACUCUUAUUGGAGGCUUGCUAGGCACACGGGCUGCAAGCAUAGAAUUCCCUGUCCGUACCAACCAAAUCCCAAGAGAGAUCCCUGAGCGCAAGUUCCCUUCAUGGCUCCUUGUGCUCGGUGCAGGAACAUUGCCUUUCGGCACCCUUUUCAUUGAGCUCUUCUUCAUCCUUUCUAGCAUCUGGCUGGGGAGGUUCUACUAUGUAUUCGGCUUCCUGUUCAUCGUCCUCUUCCUGUUGGUCAUAGUCUGUGGUGAGGUUUCUUUGGUCCUGACCUACAUGCACCUCUGUGUUGAGGACUGGAAGUGGUGGUGGAAAGCCUUCUUUGCCUCUGGCUCCGUUGCGUUCUUCGUCUUCCUAUACUCCAUCAACUACCUGGUGUUCGACCUCAGGAGCCUGAGCGGGCCAGUCUCCGCGACACUCUACCUGGGCUACUCCUUGAUCAUGGCAUUUGCCAUCAUGCUGUCAACUGGCGCCAUCGGCUUCUUGCUCUCGUUCUACUUCGUCCACUACCUCUUCUCGUCCGUCAAGAUUGACUAG